AUGGUUUCUAUCAAAUCUCUCUCAACUAUCUUUUUUCUCUUACUCGGCAUUGGCAUUUGCUACGCCACUAGCCGGAAUCUCUUAACACACGGCGAAAUCCCGGCUGGUCAUGGUGGUGGCGGUGGUGGUGAUGGUUAUGGAGUGAUUGGUGGUGGUUAUGGCAGCGGAAGUGGAGAAGGUGGUGGUGGUGGAUAUGGAGGAGUUGAAGGGUAUGCCACUGGUGGUGGUGGUGGUCACGGUGGUGGCGGUGGUGGAGCUUCUUCUGCAGGUGGAUACGCUAGUGGAGGUGGAGAAGGUGGUGGUGGUGGAUAUGGAGGAGCAUCUGGUGGAUACGGUGGUCAUGCUGGCGGUGGUGGUCGUGGUGGAGGCGGUGGUGAAGCUUCUUCUUCCGGUGGGUAUGCUAGUGGAGGAGGAGAAGGUGGAGGUGGUGGUUUCGGUGGAGCAUCUGGUGGUUGUGGUGGCCAUGCUAGUGGCGGUGGUGGAGGUAGUGGUGGUGGUGGUGGAGCUGCUUAUAGUGGUGGAGAUCAUGCUAGCGGUUAUGGAAGUGGUGGUGGUGAAGGGGCUGGUGGUGUAAGUGGUGGACAUGCUGGUGGGGGAGGUGGUGGAAGCGGAGGCGGUGGAGGAUCAGCAUACAGUGGUGGAGAUGAGCAUGCUAGUGGUUAUGGAAGUGGAGCUGGUGAAGGUGGUGGCGCAGGUGGAGGUGCUGCUGGAGGUGGAGGCGGUCAUGGAGGCGGAGGAGGAUCAGCAGGUGGAGGGGCUUAUGGAGGUAGUGCUUAUGGAGGCGGUGAAGGAGGAGGAGCUGGAGGUGGGCCAGGAGCUGGAGGCUAUGGAGGCGGUGGCGGUGGAGGAAGUGGGGGAGGAGGAGCUUACAGGGGAGGUGGAGCUCAUGGAGGUGGUUAUGGAAGUGGUGGUGGUGAAGGAGGUGGUUAUGGUGGUGCUGCAGGGGGAUAUGACAGUGGUGGUGUAGGUGGUUCAGGUGGAGGCGGCAGCCAAUAUGGUGGUGCUUACGGUAGUGGUGGUUCAGGCGGUGGACACGGUGGUGGAGGAGGCUAUGCUCCAUGA